GAGGAGCGAGCGUGCGCUUUGGCACUCCCUUUUCUCCGAGGAGCCCUGCCGGUAGCCCAGACUUGCCAGGAUGCUGCGGGUGGCCCUGUUUGCCGUAGUGGUGCUCAGCACCAGUCUGGACCUGAGGACCGAGGCUGCCGCCUUGACCGAAAUCCACCGGGCAGGAUACUGUGCCGCCUAUGGUGAAUGUGGCCUGAAUCCUGAACUUGGAACCGGACAACUCCCGCACAAAGUGCCCUGCCUUUCCAACACCCCGGCCCGGCUACUCACGGGCUCCCACCUCAGCCACUUGAAGAAGUUGUGCCCGAUGCUCUUCACGGGAGAGAACAGCACCUACGCCUGCUGCUCCCUGGGCCAGUUGCAAUUCCUGGAGCAGAGCUUGAUGCCGCUCUGGUCCAUGCUGUCUCGCUGCCCAGCCUGCACAGAGAACUUUUCCAACAUCCACUGCCAGAACAUCUGCAGCCCAAACCAGAGCCAGUUCAUCAACAUCACCCGGGACUUCACCCGGGACUUCAACGGCACCUUCAUGAACGUUUCGGUGAGGGGCGUGUUGGAGUUUCAGUCUUUCUACAGCCAGCAGUUUGCCGAGGAAGUCUUCCGGUCGUGCAAGGGAGUCAGGAUACCAGCCACUGGGGGCUACGUCAUGGAUGUCAUGUGUGGCAAGUACGGGAAGGCUGCGUGCAACGCUCAGCGCUGGCUAGACUUCCAAGGCGACACGAGCAACGGGUUGGCCCCCUUGGCCAUCUCCUUUCAGCUGAAACCAGGGGACUGGGCAGCUGAGGAGACGGGCAUUUUGCCCCUCAACAAAACAGUCUGGAAGUGCAGCGAGGCUGUCCAUAGUAGCCCAAAGUGCUCCUGUCCGGACUGUGAACAGUCGUGUCCGGCCAUCCAGCUUCCCUCUUCCGAAUACCAGCCCUUCAAAGUGGGCAGCAUGGACGGGGUCCUCUUUGCCUCCAUCCUUCUCUUCGGGGUGGUUGCGCUGUCCUUUAUGUCCUUGCUGCUGUGGCAGAGGCGCUCCUCACCCGAGAAGCAGAAGGGCCGCAGCAAAGAGGACGCUGUGACUAAGUCGGCCACCUCUGAGAAGGUGAGCCAGGCCGUGUACGACUUCUUCGUGAAGGCCUUCAGCAGUUGGGGCACCCUGGUGGCCUCUAACCCCAUCAAAGUCGUCCUCCUUUCUCUAGCCAUUGUGGCAGGGCUUUCCAGCGGAAUGAUGUGGAUGGAACUGACCACAGACCCCCUGGAGCUCUGGGCCUCUCCCGACAGCCAGGCCCGGCAGGAGAAAGCGCUCUACGAGGAGCACUUUGGGCCCUUCUUCCGGACCAACCAAAUCAUCCUGACAGCCAAGAACCCCUCGAGCUACAUUUACGAUUCCAUUUUCUGGGGCCGGCAGAACUUCAGCGGGGUCUUCUCUCAAGCGGUGCUCUUGGACCUGCUGGACUUGCAGACGAGGCUGCAGGGCCUGAAGAUCUGGUCUGAAAAGCAUCAGAGGCAGGUCACCUUGCAGGACAUUUGCUACGCCCCUCUGAACCCCCGGAACGCCAGCCUCUCCGACUGUGCGGUCAACAGCCUUUUGCAGUUCUUCCAGAACAACCGAACGCUCCUGCACAGGACAGCCAACCAGACGGUGGGGAAGAAGAACGGCACAGUCGACUGGAGGGACCACUUCCUCUACUGCAUCCACUCUCCAGCCUCUUUCCAAGACACCACGGAGCUCAAGCUGAGCUGUAUGUCAGACUACGGAGCGCCCGUGUUCCCCUUCCUGGCUGUAGGAGGCUACUCAGGGUUGGCGUAUUCUGAAGCAGAAGCUCUCAUCCUCACCUUCUCCUUGAACAACUUUCUCUCCGGCGACCCACAUGCUGACUUUGUGCUCUUGUGGGAGGAGCGUUUCCUGGAGGUGGUCCAGGAAUUUCAGAAAAAUAACUCCGAGAAAUACGCCAUCGCCUACAUGGCGGAGCGCUCCCUGGAGGAUGAAGUCAGCCGAAGCACCUGGGAGGACCUCCCCAUCUUUGCCGUCAGCUACCUGGUCAUCUUCAUAUACAUCACGGUGGCCCUGGGAGAAUACUCCAGCUGCAGGAACAUCCUGGUGGAUGCCAAGCUGUCUCUUGCCCUGGGUGGCAUUUUGGUGGUCCUGGGGGCCGUGCUGUCAUCUUUGGGCUUCUACAGCUUCGUAGGGCUGCCCUCGUCCCUCAUCAUCAUUGAAGUGGUGCCCUUCCUGGUCCUGGCGGUUGGCGCUGAUAACAUCUUCAUCUUUGUGCUGGGACACCAGAAAUCCCAGCCAGAACCUGGGGAAACCCCAGAGCAGCACCUUGGACGCACUUUGGGCAGCGUGGCCCCCAGCAUGCUCCUGUGCAGCCUCUCUGAGGUCAUCUGCUUCUUCCUGGGGGCCCUGACACCCAUGCCUGCGGUCCAGACCUUUGCCCUCUCGGCAGCCCUGGCAGUCUUCUUCGUCUUUCUGCUCCAGAUGUCACUCUUUGUGGCAUUGAUGUCCCUGGAUAUUCGCAGGCAGAAGGCCUCUCGGGUGGAUCUCUGCUGCUGCCUCCGCGUGCCUGAAUGCGAGCCCGUGAAGCCACACGAUGGGCUUCUCCGUACAUUCAUGCGCAAGAUCUACACGCCAGCCUUGCUGGGCAGCAGCAUCGUCCGAGCUCUGGUGGUGCUGCUCUUCGUCCUGCUUUUCUGUGCUGGCAUCUACCUGACAUUCCACAUCGAUGUGGGGUUGGAGCAAGAACUGGCGGUGCCCAAGGACUCGUACAUGGUGACGUUCUUCCAGUUUUUCAACCGAUAUUUUAUGGUGGGCGCCCCAAUGUUCUUCGUUACCACUGGUGGCUACAACUACAACUCGGUGCCUGGAAUGAACAGCAUCUGUUCCAGUUCUGGGUGUAAUAAUAACUCCAUGACGCAGACGAUCCAAAUGGCCACCAAAUUCCCUGAGAAGUACUAUCUGGCCAUUCCAGCUACUUCCUGGGUAGAUGACUUCAUCGACUGGCUGAAUCCCAUAUCCAGAUGUUGCCGCAUUUACAAAUCUGGCCCUAACAAGGACAAGUUCUGCCCCUCGACCAGCGACUCCCUUGCCUGCACUUUCAACAAAUGCAUGGGCCGCGUCCAAGGCAUCCUCCGGCCCAACAGAGAAGAGUUCAACAAAUUCCUGCCCUGGUUCCUCCAAGACAUGCCCAACUUCAAGUGUCCCAAGGGGGGCCUCGGGGCUUAUGACACAUCGGUACGUCUGGGGUCCGAUGGGGAGAUCUUGGCAUCCCGGUUCAUGGCCUACCACACCCCGCUGAAGAACUCUCAGGAAAACACGGCAGCCUUGAAGGUGAUGCGGCAACUGGCGGCUAACAUUACGGCUACUUUGAGGGAAGUUCCCGGCACUGAUCCGAACUUCCAGGUCUUCCCUUACGCAAUCACCUACGUGUUUUAUGAGCAGUACCUGACCAUCACCACCGUUGGCCUCAUCAACCUGGCCCUGUGCCUGGUGCCCACCUUCGCCGUCUGCUACAUCCUGCUGGGGCUGGACCUGCGCUCGGCCUUCAUCAACCUGCUCACCAUCAUCAUGAUCAUUGUGGACACCGUGGGGGCCAUGAACCUUUGGGGAAUCUCCUACAAUGCCGUCUCCCUCAUCAACUUGGUCACAGCCGUGGGCAUCUCUGUGGAAUUUGUCUCUCACAUCACCCUCUCCUUCGCUAUGAGCAAACAACCAACCAAAGUAGAACGCUCCCGAGAAGCCACAAUCAACAUGGGAAGCGCGGUGUUUGCUGGUGUGGCAAUGACCAACUUGCCAGGCAUCGUGGUCCUGGCAUUUGCCAAGGCUCAAGUAAUCCAGGUCUUCUUCUUCCGCCUGAACCUCAUCAUCACCCUCUUAGGGAUGCUGCACGGCCUGGUGUUUCUGCCUGUCAUCCUCAGCUACUUCGGGCCUUCGGUCCGUCAAGGGACGCCGGAGCUACAGCCGAGAACGGAGACCCCCUCCGUCCCUUUGGAAGGCAAAGGAGCUCCUAGCAAGGACCAGACCUCUCCAAAUAACCACAGCCAAGAUCCAGCCCCAAGCCCCGAACCGAACAAGACGGGGCUCUAGAAGUCUCCAGGCCUGUCUGCAGGGCAGAAACUUUGGCCAGCAGCUGGCCCGGUCGGUAGCCAGCCUGAGCAGAAUGGAGCCGGGGCGGUCAGGAGAAGACAACGGGUCUCCUUGCUUUCCGUUGCAACACACGUGGAGCUGGCUUCACACAUCGCGCUAAGCCACUGGACAACUUAUUUGUGGCUUAGAAGGCUGUGUUAAUCCUAGCCAGUUGUGCCACUUCCACCAACAAAUCCUGGUUAAAGCAAGUUGGUGAGAUGUGAUGCAGCUGGCCACGAGUACACACAUCGUGCUAAGUCAUUGUUUAAAAACAGACUGCUUAAUAAAGCUGCAACUCGUUGGGCUCACAUGACAUGCUAAGCCACAUCUGUGUGUGCAAGUGUGUGUGUGUGUGUGUGUGUGCGUGCAUGCCCUGUCGAGGAAGCCUCGACUCCCGGUGACUGCUUCUUCCUCCUCGGACUGAGAGAGAAGCCGCCCUAGCCGGCUUCAUGCC